AAUUGGAAGUGCCAUAUCCAUUCGCAGACCACAAAAAGUUCCCUCCUUGAGUUAUGUAGGAGAAAUCUUAUCCAUAGCAGAAGGUCCAAAGCUACUGGGAAACUAAUAUAAAGGCAAUCACCACGAAAUUAAACCUUAGCAACGCACAACACAUCCUUAAAUCAUGGCCACGAGUUGCUCCUACAUGGUUUCCACCAAAUUGUCCAUGUUGGGUUGGAGUGGAGGAAGAAGAGAAGUCAGAAACCGGAGAACAGUUUUAGUAUCAGCCCAACAACAGAGCGAUGUUCAGGAAGCAGAGGACGUGAAGGAGAAAGAGCAGGAACAAGUGAAAAGUGAGAAACCGAAGCCAAAAGGAACGAUACCAAGGCCAGUGGAACCUCAGGUGAAUGUGAAGAGCAAAAAUAUGAUAAGGGAAUAUGGAGGGCAGUGGUUGAGCUGCACCACACGCCAUGUCAGGAUCUUCGCAGCCUAUAUCGACCCUGUAACUUUCGAGUUUGAUCAAACCCAGAUGGAUAAGCUCACCCUUAUUCUUGAUCCUACUGAUGAGUUUCUGUGGAACCCUGAAACCUGCAACAUGGUCUAUUCUUACUUCCAGGAACUUGUUGAUCACUACGAGGGUGCUCCAUUGAACGAUUACACCCUUCGUCUGAUUGGUUCGGACAUAGAGCACUACAUAAGAAAGAUGUUAUACGAUGGCCUAAUCAAGUACAACAUGAAUGCAAGGGUUCUGAAUUUCAGCAUGGGCAAGCCACGGAUCAUGUUCGACAAUGAUAUCAAACCUGAAGUUUCAAUGGAGAAGUGAUUUGUGAAUACAGCAAGAAAAGUGAGUAACCAUGGAUGGUUUGCACGUGAUUGUUUUGUAGAUUAUAAAAAAGAAACUCUAAUCCAACAU